CUAAAAGUUUGGUCGAUGUUGCUAAUUUGACAGAAAAUGACAACCAUGCCACAAUUGUGAUUUAUAAAUAUAAAUUGAAGUCAAGCAGAUAAAACAUACCAGAUCAUAUGUGAAAAAAAUUCGAGAUGAAUGCUGUAUUCAAUCGUGCACCUUCCUGCGUUAGACCACUUCUUAUGAGAAGUGUGUCGGUAAGUUGCUCCAGGCAGAAAGAUGAUUUCCAAGACUUAAUUCAUCCUGACAGCCGGGAACCUAGCAUCCCACAUUAUGUAGAACGUGAAGGAGAAAAUGCAGAUCUUAAAAGAGCACGAUUGACAUAUCAGUCUCGUAAGCGUGGGAUGUUGGAGAACGGUUUGCUUCUUAGCACAUUUGCAAAGAAAUAUUUAAGUACGUUCAAUGACACACAGUUAAGACUUUAUGAUCAACUUAUAAAUUUACCGUCAAACGAUUGGGACAUAUUCUACUGGGCAACUGGUGUUAAGCCAACUCCAUCUGAAUUUGAUAAUGAAGUGAUGAACUUAUUGAAACGUCAUGUUCAAAAUGAAGAUCGACAAGCUAGGAUAAUGCAACCCGAUCUAUAAAUGAUGUUUCACAUAGUAAUGUAAUUAAAUAGUAAUUUUAAAAAUGUAGGCUUAUAAUAGUAUAACUUAGAAUAUUUAAUAAAGUCGCUUGUGUGUA